CAGGAGCAGCUCUUUCCGGGUCUGGGUGGGGCGGACUUGAGGACGCCGCCAGUGCGCCCCCCAGGAUGCGUCACUCGCCUCAGGCUUAUCAAAACUCCACCCGAGUCCCAAGAACAUCUUUACUUCCUCUCUUCCUGGUAGCAGCCUCGCAGUCCCGCGCUGAGGGGAUCUUACGUCUAGCCCGGACUCGAGGGUGUCGUCGCGCCUGCAGACCCACCUGCGCAGCCUCUCUUUCUUCCCAUUCACUCUCCCGUGCCGGGGACUCUAAAUCUGACCCCUGGACCUUCCUGGUGAGGUAGGGCCGCGACGCCACUGCCGGAGCUGGAAAGCGAAACCGCUCUGCUCCGCAAACGGCACCGCCCGCGUCCGCCCCUGGGGCCGCCCGUAAGUUUCGAUUCUCGACGAAGCGGUGUCCCGCGCUGCGGCCAGAGCAGCGGCAGCCAUAGCGCGCCAUGGCCGACCCCGGGGUGUGCUGUUUCAUCACCAAGAUCCUGUGCGCCCACGGGGGCCGCAUGACCCUGGAGGAAUUGCUCAAUGAGAUCGCGCUCCCCGAGGCGCAGCUCUACGAGCUGCUGGAGGCGGCGGGGCCGGAUCGCUUUGUGCUAUUGGAGAUCGGAGGCCAGGCCGGGAUCACUCGGUCGGUGGUGGCCACCACCCGAGCCCGCGUCUGCCGUCGCAAGAUCUGCCAGAGACCCUGCGACAGCCUGCACCUCUGCAAGCUCAACCUGCUGGGCCGGUGCCACUAUUCACACUCUCCGCGGAACCUUUGCAAAUACUCUCACGAAGUUCUGUCGGAACAGAACUUCCAGGUCCUGAAGAACCAUGAACUUUCUGGGCUUAACCAGGAGGAGCUGGCAGUACUCCUGGUCCAGAGCGACCCUUUUUUCAUGCCUGAGAUAUGCAAAAGCUACAAAGGAGAGGGCCGGAAACAGAUCUGCGGGCAGCCGCAACCGUGUGAGAGACUCCACAUCUGCGAGCAUUUCACCCGGGGCAACUGUGGUUAUCUCAACUGCCUCAGGUCUCACAACCUGAUGGACAGGAAGGUGUUGGCCAUCAUGAAGGAGCACGGGCUGAGUUCUGAUGUGGUCCAGAACAUCCAGGACAUCUGCAACAACAAGCACUCUCGGAGGAACCCCCCUGUCAUGAGAGCUCCCCAUUCCCAACGCAGACGCGGGGCCAGAGGCAGAAGCAAAAGCAGAGACCGGUUCUUUCACAACAGUCUAGAACUUGUCCCACCUGUCUCGCCUCCGGAGUCUGGUCCACCUAGCCCAGAUGUCAGCAGCUGUAAGGACUCCCUGGAGGAUGUGUCUGCAGAUGUCACACAGAAGUUCAAGUUCCUGGGAACUCACGACUGUGCACAGCUUUCGGCCGCUUCAUCCAAGACGCCCGGUCUCAGAGGAGCCGGUCAAAUGGGAGCAAGCCUGAAGUUUUCAGAGAAUGGGGACCCGAAUGGCUUCUUUUCUAGGAAUCAUGCAGAUUCAUCCCCAAGUCAAGCAGCCGGUGGCUUCCGCCUUGAUGUGACACAAACACAUGAAGCCAUGGCCGUGAAAUCAAGCAAGCCUUCUGGACCCCACAUGGAUGUCAAGGGCAAGAGUGAGGCUCAAGACAAACAGAAGGUCCCUUUCUUGGGUAGUUAUGCUGGCGGAGCGGCUGUGGAAGGAAUUCUAGGUGACAGGGGCACAGUCAAUGGUCUGGGAGAAGUAACAUUACCUAGCAACCAUCAGAAGAGUACAGCCAACCCUCAGGAUCCCCGUACCACUGGCAGAAUCACCAACAGUGGUCAAGAUAUGGCAUUCCUGGGUGGCAAAUAUGGAGGAAACACACCCUGGCCCAUUAAAUCGACCCAUAAUGUACCAAAUGGCUCUAGUCAAAUUCUGAAUGAAACUCCUAAGAACUCUGAAAGCAGCGCCAUCGGCUUUGGGGUAAAAGCAGCAGUCACAGGAAGAAAAGAAGCCAUGUGCUCUGGAGUACAGAGUCUGAGAAACCAGAUCCCGGCUAUGCCUGAGGAGUUCACUGCCCCUGCACAGGCCAGCAGGCUGCCUCUGUCACCCGCGCUUUCCUCAAGCCACAGAGUUGAGGUCCCUGAUGACCUAUCCUUCAUCACAAGUGCUGCAUCGCCUACUGAUGAUCGUGGCCCAAAGGAAAUCUGUCAGGACCAUCUGUAUAAGGGCUGCCAGCAGAGCAACUGCAACAAGAGCCACUUCCAUCUGCCCUACCGGUGGCAGGUAUUUGUAGAUAAUACUUGGAUUGACUUCCGGGCCAUGGAGGACAUCGAGAAGGCCUAUUGUGAUCCCCAAAAUGAAGUCAUUCUGAUGGGAACCCAUCGGAUCAAUUUCCAGAAGAUGACCUGUGGUUCCUAUCGCAUCCGACGCCUCUCCACUCCUUCGUUUGUGGCACAGUCGGAGAAUUCUGUCUUCAGCACCACGUGGCUGUGGUACUGGAAGAAUGAGCUUAACAGAUAUGUACAGUAUGGGGAUGAGAGCCAUGGCCAUCCCCGCUCCAACAUCAGCUCUCCGUACCUCGAAUCUUUGUUCCGGUCCUGUCCCAGGGGAGUUGUUGUGCCGUUCCAAGCCGGUUCACAAAGCUACGAAUUGAGCUUCCAAGGGAUGAUUCAGACAAACAUCUCUUCCAAGACUCAACGGUGUGUCGUCCGAAGGCCGGUGUUUGUGUCGUGGAAGGACGUGGAGCAGAGGAGAAGAGGUCCAGACUGGCAGCCGGUGAUGCCCCAGGCAGAGGCUCUGACCCUGGAUGCUCCUCCCCAGAGGAACAUUAGCAAGUUUCCUUCCAACAGAUACGAGUUGUUAGAGCUCAAGAGCUACGAAGGGGAGUAUGUCAAAAUAAGUGAACUUUUUAAAGCGUCCAUGAAAUAUCACAGGAUUGUAAAGAUAAAGAGGAUAUGGAAUGAACAACUCUUCCAGGCUUUUGAAAGGAAAGCAUUACUGAUGGGGAAUAAAACUGAGAUGCGCCUGUUUCACGCAACAAGUCGUGUUCAUGUGGAUUAUAUCUGUCAGAAUAACUUCGAGAGGAUUCUAUAUGGAAGUUUGGAGAACAGAUAUGGAAAAGGAAAUUACUUUACAAAAGAAGCCAUCUCUUCCCACAAAAAUUGUCCAUACGAUGCCAGAAACAGUGUUAUGUUUGUGGCCCGAGUCCUGGUUGGAGAUUUCACUGAAGGAAACAUGAUGUACAAUAGCCCUCCUGCGCACUACGACAGCUGUGUGGAUAGCAGGUUGAAUCCCUCCGUCUUUGUCAUCUUCCAGAAAGAGCAGAUUUACCCAGAGUAUGUGAUUGAGUACUCGGAGCCAGAAAGAGACAAAACCUGCAUAAUUAGUUAGAAAUGACGAACACCGCGCCGAAACCAUUCUGCACUUCUAGGACCAAAUCAUCCCCAGACGGUAGUUAGACUUUCGCGUUUCCUUGCUACGUUACCGAAUGUCUUAAAUCAGCCAUUCUCAAACUUUUCUCUCUCCAAAUUCAGUCCUGGGCUGUACCCCCCCCCCACACACACACACACAAGAGCGAGGCAGUGUGCUCUUUGUUAAAACUCUCCAUGAUGCCAGCGUUUUGAAAAGAUUGCAUUGUCUUAACGUUACCAGUCAGGCUGACUUCCGAAUUGUCUGGAAUCGACUUUGCUCUUUCUCAUCCCCUCUUUGUUUUUGCUGUUUAUGUAGCACCGUUGUAGUUUCACUGAAGUUGAAUUGGGUUUUAGUUUGGGAACUUUGACAGUAAUGUAAUCCUAUUGAUUGAAAUAGGGACAUAAGACAUUGCAGCUAUGGGCAGAAAACCUGCUGAGGGAAAAGAGUCUCAAAGUUCAAUUUUAACGCAAUUGAGACACAAAAGCAGCAGCAAUACUAUUACGCGACGAAACGGAUCUGAGGGGCGCAUCGCUUUAGCUCUGCGUCCGCUGGAAAGACAGGCUCCAUGGAGCUGACGCUGACACACAUAAGAGCCCCCACGUAUAGUUCAGAAGCAGCUCACUGGAGUCAGCUGGCUCUUGGUGUCCACGUUCUAAUUCAUGUGAUCACAGGGGACACUUCUUGCAAGUCAGACUUUCGUGGGAUCAUCUGGAUUUUAGUAAGAUGAAGUUGCAGUACUGGUAAACCCGAGUGCUAUUGGCAUUUGCAGGCAGAGGUAGAAAAGGGUCACCAGAAACCGGGAAAGCCGUCCCUGUUUGAAGGUCGGGCUCGCAAGUCUGGUUUGCUGGUGAGCGCCAAAGCAGUAGGCAGAAAACGAUGUCCCACAUAGCUCUUCCCGUGCUAGCUGCAUCUGUUUGGAAAACAUAGCAGGUGUGUUUUCUAACAGCAUUUAGGAUGCCUGGACCAUUAUUUUCUUCCUUGCAACGUACAGAUCAGGUCUUUCUUCCAAUCCCCCUCCUCAACAUUCUAUAACCAGUUCCUGCAGUUUCCUGUCCUGUGUUGUUAGUGGGCAUUUGGUCAGAUGCUUCACUUUGAUGGUCUCCACCAGUGACGCUGGAUAGAGCAUUUUUUAGAGCAGGGCUCUUUUCUGGGGUGCAUGCCACAAUUUUUUUCAACUGAUUUUUCUUUUUCUCAUGUGGAAUCUUGUACUUUGGAAUACUCCUCCUCUGACUUAGACCAUGCUGUAGACAUGUAGUGUAUCCAACUUCCCAGUAAGCUAACUUCUAGUUCCAUAUUGACCAGUCGUCUCCGGUUCAACAGGUCCAAAAUGGAGCCUUCUAUUCACCUCUGGGUCAGGGGUCAGUUCCUGGUGUGUUUGUCCCCCCACCCCACCCCGAGCCUUAAAUAGUGUCACUUGCUCCCUGCUAUGCAGCCCAGGCUCCUAGCUUCCCCUAACCUCUUACACAUCAUAGUUAUUUCCAAGUCCAUUUUCACCCCCCCCCCCCAUAAGCCCUUCUGUAGUCCUUGCUGUUCUUAAUAGGGUUUCUCUCUAGCCUUGGAGC